AAUUGGAAGGUUGUGCGGUCGGAGUUUUUCGUCAAGAGUAAAAUUCGUUUCUUACUUCGAAAAAUAAAAUAUUAAAAGAAAUAGUUUAAAAAUAUUUUGCAAAGCUUUGCAUUUUCAAUAACGUGAUUUGAGAAUUAUGCUCCAUCAACAUCUUGAGCUAUGGCGUUCUUUAGGGCUAAUAGCCUUACUUGUAUGUGGAUUAGCCCAGGCUAAAGGCUCUCACAAAGUCCAUUGCUCUGAGGAUCAAAUGCGUGUGGAUAUUGGUUUGCCGCUAGAUGAGAAAAGUAAUUCCACUCUGCCAUUAAUCUACUUGGAGGGUCUCAAGGGUUAUCCGGAUGUACGCUGUCAACCGGAAAUUGAUGGCUCUUUGGCGGUCUUCAAAUUGUCAUUAAGUGAUUUUUAUGAAUGUGGUGUAACGCGUAUGGUCAAUCAGUUGACGGGCAAAAAAGUCUAUUAUCACAAAAUCAUUAUUGAAUCAUCGAAUAGCAAAGAGAUUGUCAGUGUUAAAUGUAUAACGACAAGCAAUUCGGGUCCAGUUUAUAAUGUUAUGAUGAAUGCCUCAACAACUAGCUCCAGUUCCAGUGGCAGUUCCGAUUUCAGCACUAUGCAUGGUCUAGUCAAACGCGAUGUCUUGCCAGCAGGUUUCCAGGAACCAGAAGAUCUAGAGAUCACCACAUCUCUGACCAAACGUGCGCCAGAACCCCGUCUAUCAAUUGGUGUGAGUCAAGAUGGACAAAAGUUUACCAGAGAUUUGACAGUGAAAUCGGGCACUCCAUUAACCAUGGAAAUUAAUUUGGACGAGGAUUCGGCUCCAGUUUAUGGUUUGGGUGUAAAUUAUCUAGAUGUAACCGAUACACACACUUCCUCAGAGACUUUGAUUUUCAAAGGCUGCACAGUGGAUCCGUAUUUGUUUGAAAAUUUCAAUACGAUUGAUGGUGAUAUUUUGAGUGCUAAAUUUAAGGCUUUCAAAUUUCCCGAUUCAUCGUAUGUGCAAUUCCGUGCCACGGUGAAUGUGUGUCUGGACAAGUGUCUGGGCACUCAGUGUUCCAACAAUCAGGUUGGCUUCGGUCGUCGACGCCGGCGUGAGAUCAAAUCGGCCAACAAGGUCUAUGAGAUUUCAUUGGCCAUGUUCCUGCAGGUGAACGAUAUUGAAGGUGUCAAUAAAAAUGAAGUUCUGCAGCUGGAGGAGAAGCUACGCGAAUUGAAGCUGGCCAAUCAGCGUUUGGCAAGGAAUAGUCGUGGCAAUAAUUUUGCUGCCGCCAGCUCGGAGCCAGCAUUUGUGGUAGAUGAACGAGAGUUGGGCCAUUUCAGUUCGGGAGCGAGUUCCAAAGAAUUUGCCCUCAUAGCGUCAAUAAUUCUGGCUCUCAGUUGGCGUCUUGUGUAAAUAAAAAACGAAAAAAAAUAUGUAAAUCUCAAUAAAAAAAAAAAAACAAAAAAAUAAUAAUGGCUGGAAGCGAAGAGAAAAAAAUGUGUUAAUCAGGUUGCGAGAAAUUGUGCAGUGGCAAUAAUUAAACCCAGAAAACAGAAAUAAUAAUACUAAUAUAUAUCUAAUAUAUAUAUAUAUGAAUAUAUAUAUAAACUUAUUACUUUAUAUAACUGCCAUUUACUUAACGUAACUUAACUUAACUUAAGCUAAAGAAUUUCAUUUAAACUUGGCAGAGAUCAACAGAACAAAGCAACAAGAGAAACAAGAGUAAAAAAGAAAACAUUUUAAGCACCUACUAGUCUUCUAAGUAUAACUAUUAAGCUAAAUUAAUUAAUAACUAAAACGAAAAACCGAUAACUAAUUGAAAUAUACUAAAUAAAAAGAAAACAAAAAAA